UAAUGACAUUUGAAAUUCUGGGUAUUGUUACUAUUUAUAAUAUCACGGGGUCACUACUAUUACAUUCUCUUUCUGUGGGUACAAGCAAGGUGGAAGGGAGAGAGACAGAGGCGGAGAGAUUGCCGUCCAUCUGGCCAUGGCCGGCGAAGACGUCCCUCGCAUGGGUCAGGCUCUGUUGGACCUAGUUCAUGACGUUGGGCGGAUCAAUGGCUUUGGAGAUACUUUCAGGAGAGAAUGCUCUUAUCUUUCCCGGAGGAUUUCACUUCUAUCGUUUUUGUUCGAGGAGAUUAGGGAUUUCCAGGGAAUUCAUGGGCAUUCCUUUUCUUCCACAUCUGCGCCGUCCUCAUCUUGCCUGAAGAAUCUUCUGAUCACCCUCAAGGACGCUAAACGGCUAAUUUCGCUUGCAGCAAAUUACGAUCCCAAGAUUCCUCAUGAUGCAGAUGCCAAGAAAAUCUCCCUGAAAUUCCAAUGUAUAACAUGGCAAUUGGAGAAAGCAUUGGAGGAUAUACCAUUUGAUCAUUUUGACAUAUCAGACGAGGUUCGUGAACAGGUUGAAUUGGUACAGUCGCAAAUGAGAAGAGCAAGAGAAAGAGAUGGGUCUCUAAAUUCAAGAGCAUUGUCUCCUGCCUUAUCCAAGCCACUUGACAAAGAAGUUGAUGUGCCAGUAUUGGGCAAUAGGGCAAAUGGAAGAUUGCAUAUUGAAAAAAUGGGUAAUGUCAAAUUUGAAAGCCAAGCAAUGGGGAAUAUUGUUCCAAAAGUUAAUGGCAAGAGAGACCCUAACAUGGAACAGAUGAAACAUGAAUUGGAACGGCCAAAGGGCUUCUCAAUAUCAUCUAACACCUCCAAAUUAAAUGGAACUGAUUUUAGCAAGGCACAUAACUUAGAUAUUAAGGGCUCAGAGGAAAUUAAGAAGCAGGACCCUGUCAUAGUUCCUGAUGACUUCCGCUGCCCUAUAUCCCUUGAGAUGAUGAGGGAUCCUGUUAUUGUGGCAACUGGACAGACUUAUGAGAGGUCUUGUAUACAAAGAUGGAUAGAUAGUGGGCAUAAAACAUGUCCUAAGACUCAGCAGAUUCUUCAAAAUUCCACACUAACUCCAAAUUAUGUUUUGAGAAGCAUAAUAGCACAAUGGUGUUCAGCAAACAAUAUCGAGUACCCAAUGGGAUCAACAAAUGGGAAGAUUAGAAAGAGUGAUGGAACAUUUCAUGAUAUUAGUGAGGAAAAAGCAAUCAUUGAUGCUCUGGUCCACAAGCUCUUGAGUCGGUCCAUUGAGGAUCAGAGAAGUGCUGCCACUGAAAUCCGAUCCCUUUCAAAGAGAAGCACUGACAAUAGGAUGCUGAUAGCUGAAGCUGGUGCUAUUCCAGUUCUGGUCAACCUGUUAACCACAGAAGAUGUGAAAACACAAGAAAAUGUUGUCACUUGUAUUCUCAACCUCUCUAUAUAUGAGAAUAACAAGGAACUCAUAAUGCUUGCUGGUGCCAUUCCUUCAAUUGUCCAAGUCCUCAGAGUGGGAAGCAUGGAAGCUAGGGAGAAUGCAGCAGCAACCCUUUUUAGUUUGUCACUUACAGAUGAGAACAAGAUAAUUAUUGGGUCCUCUGGAGCAAUACCAGCCUUGGUAGAGUUGCUUCUAAAUGGAAGCUCAAGAGGCAAGAAAGAUGCUGCAACAGCACUGUUCAACUUGUGCAUAUAUCGGGGGAACAAAGGUCGUGCGGUGAGGGCAGGGAUUCUUGUACCAUUGAUGAAGAUGCUCACAGACUCGAGCAGCUGCAUGAUUGAUGAAGCUCUGACAAUCCUAUCAGUUCUUGUAAGUCAUCCAGAGGGUAAGGUUGCCAUAGGAAAGGCCAACACCAUCACUGUUCUAUUAGAUAUAUUAACAACAGGUAUGCCACGCAACAAGGAGAAUGCAGCUGCCAUCUUACUUGCCUUAUGCAAGAAAAAUGCUGAGAACCUUGUCCAUGUAGGAAGGCUUGGUGCUGAUGUUCCACUUACCGUUCUGGCAAAGAGUGGCACAGAAAGGGCAAAACGCAAGGCUUCUUCACUAUUGGAACUUCUUCAUAAGAUACGGCAGUUUUGAGUGUGCAGUAGUAUUGGUCGGAAGGAUUUGAUUUAUUCCUUGCUUCCUGUCAUGACAAUGAAAUUUUAUACCUUAUUCUUUUUUGUGAUAAACGAAGAUAGGAACAUCAGAACAUGAGAAGAGAAUUCGCUCAUGGUUCUGUGUACUCCUUUUUCUUGUAGUGGGGUAUAGGAAGUCCAGUUGUCUCUGUAAUUACCUCAUCCAGUAGAUAAGAACUUUUUUUUAUGUUUUCCUUUUUUCUUUUACCAAAAGCUGGUCCAUUAUGGAGCAACCCUUAUUGUUGUUGAAUAAUAAUUGAACAAUGCUGACACAAGCAGAGAGAUCCCUUCUUAAAUAUUAACCAAUGUUUAGUGCA